CUCAGCUGCAGUUCACUCCGAAACCACCCAGCACGACAAUAUGCUGUUAUUUGUUACGUUUCUCGCCUUUGCCGGUGCUACAUAUGCUCAACACCCCUCCGGAAAUUCAGAAGUAUUUGACUAUACAAGUUGUUACUGUUGGAGAUAUGAAGUAUUCUGCAGAACUGAGGAUUCAGACUGGCAGUGGGCUAAGGACGAAUGCGAAAGCAUGGGUGGUUGGUUAGCGACUAUCGACAAGAAGAAGACUCACCAAGAAAUACGAAAACUAAUCCGUGCGCACGCUGACAAUAAAGCUUGUAGUAACUACGGAUUCUGGAUUGGUCUACAUGAUGCUAGUGAUCCAAAAACAUCCAGACAUAAAAUGCAACCUGAAAAGUUUUCGUGGGUGCACGAACAGUGCCACGAUUUCCAAGCCUGGGAAAAGAAUGAACCCAAUGAUAAUAAUAAACAGGACAGUAAUGGACAGAAUUGCGUUCAGUUGUGGUACAGACCAUCGAAAAAAGGUAACUUUGAUGAUGAAUACUGUGGUGAACCGAAGGGAUACGUCUGUCAGUUUGAAGAAGAAUGUCCAUGUAUUAAUCAAGCCGUGGAGUAAGACGUAAUUGGUGAUAAGUCGGAACAAGCCAAACACAUUCGCUGUAUUCACCAAGCCAAUAGUGAGAAUGUUAGAAAAAAAUGAAAUAUGGCGUCUUGCCAAUAUAUGAUGCAUAAUUAUAAGUUUAUAUCUUAGAAAUGAAAGUACGAUUCUGUAUCACAACAUCAAUGUAAUGUUACAAAUAUUUUGGGUUGCUUUGAAUAAGAAUAAAACAGAUUAGACCGUGGA